GCCCAAUAGGAUGAAGCCCCGGUGGGAGAGCCGGGUUGAUCACGCCGCUAGCGGACAGGCGGAGCUUGUCUGUUUCUCCGGCCCAUGAGUUUGGAUAUAAUCUGUCUGCACCUCUCACUUUUGGCACCGUCUGAUAUUGUACCGGUGAAUCUCUUCUGCAAACAGACACCUCCUCAUAUCAGUGGUCCCCGGCCUGACUUCCUUUUCCCGGCCAUUUUCCCACUGAAUAUCGCUUUUAUCCAGCCAUGCGGGUUGUCAUUGUGGGCUCGGGGCUGAGCGGCUUGGUCAUGGGCCAUUGCCUGCUCAAGGCCGGCAUUGACGAUUUUGUCAUCCUGGAACGUAGACCAGAUCCCAUGGAACGGAGUGGUUCGGUCAUUGGCUUCUUUCCGCAUACGUUCAGGAUUCUGGAUCAGCUCGGCCUACUAAAAGACUUCCGACAACUCUCUGAGCCGGUCCACCACUGGAUUCACCUUGACCCUCGCGGCCGAACCAUUUCUGACGGCGAGUUCUUCGACCGCAUCCAAGCCAACCAUGGGUAUUUCUCAAUGUUCUUCAUGCGUUGCGAGGUGAUGGAACUCCUUUACUCCAAGCUACCGAACAGGGAGCGCUACGUUUUGCCGAACAAGAAAGUCACUGCUGUAAAGCAAGACGACUCCUCGGUUACGGUGACCUGUGCGGACGGGUCGGUGUACGAAGGCGACGUUCUAGUCGGGUGCGACGGCGUGCACAGCGCCGUCCGGCGUCUCGCUUUCCCACCGUCAACAGAAAAGCCUAAGGCGCCUCCUAGGUCCGAGUACCGUGGUCUGUUUGGGUCCAGUCCUCUGCCAGACGGCGUUCCGCCUUGCAACCUCACAGAGACGCACGACACCAACACUGCCUUUACGUUGCUGUGCACAGAGAAAACAGCAUUUUGGCUGGUUACCGACCUCAAAGACAAGGACGCGCCGGCCGUCGGGAGAUACUCUGAGGAAGAUAUCCUUGCGCUUGUCGACAGGUGCAAAGACCACUCGGUGGCUGCAGGGGCGGCGGUCACCUUUGGAGACUUGUGGCGGACACGGAACUUGUCGCCUGGUCCGGGCAUGUACGACUACAACGAGGGUGUUGCUGAGAAGUGGCAUGACGGGAGAGCGGUGAUUGUUGGAGACGCAGCACAUAGCAUGACACCAAAUAUUGGCCAGGGGGGCAACAACGCCAUACAAUCCGUCGCAUCCUUCGUCAACCACCUCCGCGCGGUUGCUCAGGAGAAACCCAAUCCAGAAGUGGCGGAUCUCGAAAAGGCUUUCGCCGGUUUCCAAAAGGAGCGCAAGGCACCAGCGGAAUUUAUUACGGGCAUAACGGGAAAGUACACUCGGUGGACUUCGUAUCGGACUUGGUCUGGCUGGUUCAUACAGUCCUGGCUCUGGCCGCUGCUAGGUGACCGGUUCGUCAUAGACCGAUUGUUGUCGCCCGUUAUCAAGGACAGUGUCAAGUUGGAUUUUGUGGAACUGAAGAACCCCCCUGCCGGCAGAGUGCCAUGGACGCACGCCUGAUCGAUCUUAGGUUGGGGAUGUGAGAAGUGCAAGUUGAAGACUGGGUCGUGGGAUGUUGGACAAGCUGUACAGAAUACGAGUUGGCUUUUUCUCCUGAAGCGGGCGUUUGGAUGCCUGUCGAGCAUAUAAACAAUGAAGACCGCGUUUGAUCCCGUUCUAGCAUCUAGAACACUGUGUCCAACCAACCAUCUCCUGGUGAUCUGGUGGUUUACAUGACCAUACACCCCCAGCCCCUGGUCUCCCCCCCGCGGCUACCCCCGCUAGAUUGUAGGCCCUCGAACUCACUGUCACACGGCAAACUCGACAAUACCCGUGUCACACGCUC